UAUAAAGGCGGUGGCAUGUAAAUACAUACGCACUUUAAACAAGCUCCCUCUGUUGGACGUACGUUACAAAUCAUUACAUACAACGAUGCAGCUGGAUAUACCAAAGCUUUUUAUUUUAUUUGCAUUGGUAGCAAGUGUUGCCAGUGUGCCUGAAGAAGGAUGGAGAGAAGUUGGUGUAAAUUUAAAAAGGGCCAUUGGAUCUGCGUCCUCGGCGGCAGCCCAUCUUGGUGUUAAAUACAAAAGCAUGUUGAAAGCAUACGAUAACGUAGAUAAUGUCCCAGGCUUCGAGUUCUAUUGGGUAUUCUUUAAAGCAGCAUCCGUGAAAGGAGAACCUCUAGAUUGUGAAGGAAUAGUUCUAUGGACAGGGCUUAAAAGGAUAGUGAAACGUGCAAGUUGUAAACCAUGUGCCACAGGGAAGAUACGUUGAUGAUGCAUGAAGAUAUUUUUCAUGUGGAACCAAACUUUGUAACUAUGUAAAUUUUGAUGUGAACACGACAGGGACAAUUUAUGAUGUCAUUGAAAUUGCAAAAGGAAUUUUAAAACAUACUUGUACCUAGAAAUCAAAGUUGAAGAAUAAAAUUUGUAAAUUGA